AUGAAGCACUCUAGGAGUGUGGCGGUAUUCUUGGUGCUGCUUGCCGUUGGCACCCAGGCGUCCAACCCGCUGUUUGAUGCCUUUGGCAUCGGCAAGGCCGUGGGCGACAAGCUCGGUGGCAACGUGACCCACCAGGCCAACCAGGCCCUCAACCAGGCCGUCACUGGCGUCGUGCAUAAGGUCAAUGACACCGUGGCCCCCAUCAAGGCCAAGGUGGAGUCGGUCUACAAGACAGUCAACGACACCCUCGCGCCCGUGCAGGAGCACAUUGAGAAGAAUGUGCUCGGCCCCGUGCGCGGCGUCGUCAAGUCUGUUGCUGAUGGCGUCCAGGCUAAGGUCGACCAGGCUACCAAGCUGCUGCCCGUCGGCCACGUGGACACUUGGAAGGCCGCUGUCGUCCUGGCCUGGCUCAAGGAGUCUGGCCUCUACGACAAGCUCAACGCUUCCUUCCCCGCCGACGGCUUCAAGAUCCCCGACAUCCCCGCCGAGAUCCAGAAGGCGCAGCUGCAGAAGCUGGCGCUGCUCGCCCAGCUGAACAGCACCCUGUCCAGCGCCCAGCAGCUGAAGAACGAGCUGCUGCUGUCGCUGCUCAAGGAGAGCAAGGCGCUCGACCUGCUGGAGAAGGUGCAGAACAAGACCGGCCUGCCCGUCCUGUCGCUGCUGCCCGCGUCUGGCCCCGGCGCCGGCCUGCCGCCGCUGCCAUCGCUGCCGUCGAUCCCCACCCCCAAGCUGCCAGAGGUGCCGUCGAUCGCCGACAUCAAGGCCCUCCUGCCCAACGUCAGCGCGGACGACCUCUUCAAGGCGCUGCCCUUCGACAAGCUCUCCAACCUGACCGGCAAGGCCACCCUCGGCAACGACUCGCUGGCGGCGCUGGCCAAGAAGCUCGGCUUCAGCGGCGUCUCCACCCCCGCCGGCCUCGCCGACCUCAAGUCGUGCAUCGCCCUUUCGCUGCUGAAGGACCUGCCCCACGCCGACAUCAAGUUCGCGCUGCUCGGCAACGCGACCAAGGCGCUGCAGUCCGCGUUCGACGCGGCGCACGCCGCGGUGGUGCAGCAGGUCGAGGCCAAGCUCAAGCAGGCGAAUGACGCGUUCAAUGGCCUGCUCAAGCACUUCUCGGCGCUCAAGGCCGACCCCGUGAAGGCCGUCUCCAGCGAGAUCGCCCAGGCGACCAAGCAGGCGCAGGACGCUCUCGAUGCCAAGGUCAAGCUUGCCUCCGACGCCCUCGACGCCGCCAACAAGCAGGCGCAGCAGCUGGCGUCCGCCAAGGCCGCAUUCAUCGCCGACCCCAAGGCCGCGGUGCAGGGCGCAGUGGGCAACCUGACCAAUCAGCUGGAGUCUGGCGUGAAGGCCGCGACGGACGCGAUCAACGCCGCCCAGAAGCAGGCCGCGUCGGUCAUCGACUCGAAGCUUGCCGCUAUCGGCCUGGGCGGCUACGCCACCAACGCCAGCCAGCUCCUGGAGUCCAAGCUUAAGCAGGCCAACGACGCGGUCAGCAACAUCACCGCCGUCGCGCAGGAUCUCAAGGCCAACCCAACCAAAGCCGUCUCCGACGCCCUGGCCAGGGCGCUCAUGGAGGCGCAGUCCCUGCUGGACUCCAAGGUCAAGCAGGCCAACGACGCCAUCUCCGCGGCCAACAAGACGGCCGACGCGCUGCUCGGCGCGAAGCUGGCCGCCGCCAACGACGUCAAGGCGCAGGCCGAGGGCGCCAUCGGCAACCUGACCAAGCAGGUCGAGGCCAAGGUCAAGCAGGCCAAUGACGCGAUCUUUGCCGCCCAGAAGCAGGCCGCGUCGGUCAUCGACUCGAAGCUUGCCGCUAUCGGCCUGCCCGGCGUGGCCGUGAACGCCACCCAGAAGCUGCAGGCGCAGGUCCUGGCCAUCGGCGCCGCCUACCAGAACCUGACCAAGCUGGCGUCCGACAUCAAGGCCGACCCCCACAAGGCCGCCAGCCAGGCGCUGGCCGCCGCCAGCAAGCAGGCCAAUGACCUGCUGGACGCCAAGGUGGCUGCCCUGGCGGAGGCCUACCAGGCGGCGCUCAAGAACGCGCAGGCCGUCGUCGCCUUCAAGCUGCAGAUCGUCGGCGGCGCGCAGACCAACGCCGCCACCCUCCUGGCGUCCGUCACCCAGCAGUACGAGGCCAAGGUCAAGGAGGCCCACGCCGCCCUGGCCGCCGCCCGCAAGCAGCUAAACGCCAUCCUCGACGCCAAGCUUGCCCACAUCGGCCUGGGCGGCCUCGCGGCCAACACCUCGUCGCUGAUCGACUCGAAGCUGAAGCAGGCGACCGACGCGCUCGGCGCGCUGGCGCAGCAGGCGCAGGCCGUCAAGUCAAACCCGGUCAAGGCCGCCAACGACGCGAUCGCCAACGCGACGGCCAAGGCGCAGUCGAUCCUCGACCUGAAGAUCAAGCAGGCCAACGACGCGAUCGACCAGGCGAACAAGCUCGUGAACCAGCUGCUGUCAGCCAAGGCUAAGGCCGCAACCGACGCAACCAGCCAGGCCAAGUCGCUGCUCGCGCCGCUGAGCAAGCAGCUGGACAGCAAGAUUAAGCAGGCGAACGACGCCAUCGCGUCGGCGCACAAGACACUGUCGAGCCUGAAGGCGAGCCUGCUGGUCGCGCCCAGCCUGCCGUCAUUCAACCACACGCUGCUGCGGAAGCCUUGA